GCAAGGCGGCCCCACCCCUCUUUUCCCCCUUUAAUGAAAGACCCUCGCCCCCAAAAAAUUGGAUUAAUUAAAAAAAAAGCUUUUUGAUUGAUUCAGGGCGCAGCGAAACCAAUUUAUUGAAAGGCAAAAGGGGGACUUACUUACUUGACUUUUCCUGACGCUGAGUCAUCCUAUUCAAAUCAAAUUUAGCUAUGUUAAUCGAACAGGAAAAGUUUUCAGAUGAUAUGGACCCUGGACGAGAACCUCCAAUUGCUUAGGGGUCGCACUCUGUCCCGCUUGGUGGACGAAAUCUUCUCUCCUUUUAUAAUUAUUUCUCCCACACACCUUUGCCCUCUUUCACCGAAGAGGAAAGAAAAAUCUUCCAAGCGGACAGAGACCUAAAUUUCCAUUAGAUUCAUUCCUAAGCUUGCUUUGUUGCAGUAAGAUGAUCAGUCCGAGAGUGCUGGGGAGAAGAUAAAGCGGUCAAAACCCCUCAGAUUCGGUCACCGAGCAGUCGUCCGACUCUUCAGUAACCCAGGAUGACCCCUUCGACGCUCGCUUCUUUCGCUGUAUACCCCCUCCAUCCUUCGGAGGUGGAAGAAAUAAAAGGUACUAUCAAAAAUGUUGUAUUUAUUCUUUUUAAGUAGGGCCCCAGAACGAAAAAAAGGUGGGGGAACCUGAGUUGUCACGAUAGGAAAGAGAAAAAAAUGACUAUAAGGAACCAACGAUUAUCUCUUCUAAAACAACCUAUAUCCUCCACACUUAAUCAACAUUUGAUAGAUUAUCCAACCCCGAGCAAUCUUAGUUAUUGGUGGGGCUUCGGUUCGUUAGCUGGUAUUUGUUUAGUAAUUCAGAUAGUGACUGGCGUUUUUUUAGCUAUGCAUUACACACCUCAUGUGGAUCUAGCUUUCAACAGCGUAGAACACGUUAUGAGAGAUGUUGAAGGGGGCUGGUUGCUCCGUUAUAUGCAUGCUAAUGGGGCAAGUAUGUUUCUCAUUGUGGUUCACCUUCAUAUUUUUCGUGGUCUAUAUCAUGCGAGUUAUAGCAGUCCUAGGGAAUUUGUUCGGUGUCUCGGAGUUGUAAUCUUCCUAUUAAUGAUUGUGACAUCUUUUACAGGAUACGUACCACCUUGGGGUCAGAUGAGCUUUUGGGGAGCUACAGUAAUUACAAGCUUAGCUAGCGCCAUACCUGUAGUAGGAGAUACCAUAGUUACUUGGCUUUGGGGUGGUUUCUCCAUGGACAAUGCCACCUUAAAUCGUUUUUUUAGUCUUCAUCAUUUACUCCCCUUUAUUUUAGUAGGCGCCAGUCUUCUUCAUCUGGCCGCAUUGCAUCAAUAUGGAUCAAAUAAUCCAUUGGGUGUACAUUCAGAGAUGGAUCAAAUUUCUUUUUACCCUUAUUUUUAUGUAAAGGAUCUAGUAGGUUGGGUAGCUUUUGCUAUCUUUUUUUCCAUUUGGAUUUUUUAUGCUCCUAAUGUUUUGGGGCAUCCCGACAAUUUUAUGAAAUUGUCUCCUUUCUAA